AUCUGUAGCAUAUCUACCAAAUUCAAAAUGUCUGUGAUACAUGCUGGUUUGAUCCUACUGAGCGUCGUAACCAUAGCGUACGCGUCAAGCGUGAGCAACUACGAAAAUGCCAAGGCUCAGUUAGAAGAAUACAUCCAGAAUAAGAAGAAGGAAAUCAAUCCUCGAUUCAGGCCACUGUAUCACGUCGCUCCACCGGUCGGAUGGAUGAACGAUCCAAACGGAUUUUCCUACCACAAAGGAGAGUUCCAUCUUUUCUACCAGUUCUAUCCCUAUGACAGCGUAUGGGGCCCGAUGCAUUGGGGACAUGUCACAAGUCCUGAUCUGGUAAACUGGAAGCAACAACCAACAGCGCUUCUGCCUGAAAAAGAGCAAUGCUUUUCGGGAAGUGCUGUUACUCAAGGUGACCAAAUGACGCUCAUGUACACCGGCCAUGCGGCGAUUGACGUUGAGCCUUAUUUCAACGAAAGUCAGUACCUUGCCUUCAGCGACGACGGUGUCAACUUCUACAAGUACGAAGGGAAUCCAGUUCUACCCAUAUCACCCAAUGGAUCCCCAGAUUUCCGUGACCCGAAAGUUUGGAAACGAGGAGAUGACUAUUACGUUAUCAUUGGCAGCAAAACUCUAAACGACCGAGGUAGGGUGCUUUUGUACAAAUCAAGGGAUAUGAAGAGUUGGGAGUUUCUAUCAGUAAUUGGAGAGUCUAAUGGAGAGUUAGGUUACAUGUGGGAGUGUCCCGACUUUUUUGAACUAGACGGAAAGUUUGUCCUGCUCAUAUCUCCCCAAGGAAUGUCAGAGAAAGGCGAUCGGUACAAAAACACCAAUCAAAACGGAUACAUCAUUGGCAGUUUUAAUUAUGAUACUAAUGAAUUCGUUCAGGAGGUUGGGUUCCAAGAGAUUGACUUUGGUCAUGACUUCUACGCUGCAACAACGACCGAAGCAAAUGGAAAGAGGUAUCUGAGCGCAUGGUUUAGUAUGUGGGGUGUACCUCAUAACGAAGAUGUUGAUGGCUGGGCUGGAAUGUUGACAAUACCCAGGGAGUUGAGAAUAGUCGGCAAUCGAAUUACAAUGAACCCUGUAGAAGACAUCGUCAGCAUAAGAGAUGGAGUUGCGGUAGAUGGCGAUGUUUGGUCAAACCAAGUGCUAGAGUUCAACAAAGCCGUGGAAUUGAUUAUUAAUAGUGAUCUUAACCAAAAGGUCGAUCUGUUGCUAGAAGGUCGGGAAGGUGGCGGUAGUGCUUGGCUGCGCUGGGACCCGGAGGUUCGCAAAGUUGUAGUAGACAGAGGAUGGGGCGAUGUGAGGCAAGUAGAAUGGUCUCCUAUUGGUUCAAAAACUUGGCGAGUCUUCCUAGAUUCUAGCAGCUUGGAGCUUUUCUGCGGAGAAGGAGAAGUGGUGCUGAGCAGCCGUGUCUUCCCACUUGGUGGAUGGAAACUGACUAAUCAAAGCCCUCAAACGAUUAAUGUCAAAGCCUACAACUUGAAACGAAGUGCCCCAGAAUAAUAUCUAUUUCAAAUUAUUGCCAAAAGUAUUACGACUUUUUUUAAAUUUUUUUUUGUCUAAUAUAUAUUAAUACAAAAUUAUUAAAU